UGGAUGCUUGCAUACCACCUACCCAACCCCGAUCACAGACAGCUGAAGAGAUGGCCUUCUUCUCCAAGCAGGCCACUCUCUUGUUGGUGGCAGCUCUGCUGCUGCUGUGCCUACUCUGCCCGAGGGGGCAGGCGGCGAGGACCGGACCAGGAUCCAGCCAGCACAAAUCACAGGGUGCUGAAUCCGCCAUUGCCCAUGAGAAGAGCGCUGCCUUAGGAACCGGGAUGGUGAUGGCGCAGGAAGAUCCGGUGGAGGCGAUGAGAGACUGCGAGGGAGGGGAAGGAGCGGAGGAGUGCCUGAUGAGGAGGACCCUCGUCGCUCACACCGACUACAUCUACACCCAAGGGAAACACAACUAGAUUAUCCGGCGUGCUGAAGCUGCUCGUGCUUACAAAGGGACUCCAUGAACUCUGCAUGAAGCCUCAAUUUCGAUCGCCAGGGACCUAGCUUGUUAAGAUGGCAUCCUUCAUGAGCACGUCAACCUGUUCUGCGGUCCUGUCCCAUGUGAAUUACUAUACCUAUAGUCGCCUCUUUUUGCAUGAUUCCCUUGUUGCCUUCUCCUUAGGUCAUGUAUCUAGUUAUCAUGCAUAUACUGUAGGUAUGUAGCUCUGUUCUCGACACGCACUGUGCACACCGAUCAGCAUGUGUGUGUGUUUUUUUCGAUCGAGCAUGUGUAUUCCAUGUGCUUCAUGUCGCUAAAAUUUCUACUUGCUACAAUACUACUUUUGUACUUUUUAUAAUGAAUAUAUUAACGGGAAAUACAUAUUGGUUCCCGGAUGCCA